CCGAAAGGUCCGAGCCCAGGGCCCUGUGACCCGAAAGCCAAGGCCACCCGACGGGCGCUUCCCUCCGUCUCCCACCGCAGCUUGGAGCCGCGCCCCCGGGGCUGGCGCCAUUUCGAGGGUUGAGCAUAAGUAUAAGCCACGAGCCAUGAGUGAUGCCAAACUUUGUUAGAAACUGAUGGCUUGUCCAUGUCUCAAGUAACAGUAUCAUCGCUAUAAAACUAUCAGGUUUGAAACAAAUCUGUAUUCAUGAAGAGCGACUCUAUACAAACCACAGUAUGUCAAGAAAGAAGAAAAGAUCCUAUAGAAAUGUUUCAUUCUGGACAGCUGGUAAAAGUCUGUGCCCCCAUGGUUCGGUAUUCAAAGUUGGCUUUUAGAACACUAGUAAGAAAAUACAGUUGCGAUCUAUGUUAUACGCCAAUGAUAGUUGCUGCUGAUUUUGUCAGAUCUAUAAAAGCCAGAGACAGUGAAUUUACCACAAAUCAAGGUGAUUGUCCAUUGAUUGUUCAGUUUGCUGCUAAUGAUGCAAGACUUUUAUCUGAUGCUGCUCGUGUAGUAUGUCCUUACGCAAAUGGAAUAGACAUUAACUGUGGUUGCCCUCAGAGGUGGGCAAUGGCAGAAGGUUAUGGGGCUUGCUUAAUAAACAAGCCAGAGCUUGUUCGUGAUAUGGUGAAACAAGUAAGAAAUCAAGUGGAAAACCCUGGAUUUUCAAUUUCUAUUAAAAUAAGGAUCCAUGAUGACCUUACAAGAACUGUAGAUCUCUGUCGAAAGGCUGAAGCCACAGGAGUUUCCUGGAUUACAGUCCAUGGAAGAACUGCUGAAGAGAGACAUCAGCCAGUCCACUAUGAUGCCAUUAAAAUAAUUAAGGAAAGUAUAUCUAUACCUGUAAUUGCUAAUGGAGAUAUCAGAAGCUUAAAAGAAGCAGAAAAUGUGUGGCAGAUUACUGGGACAGAUGGUGUGAUGGUGGCAAGAGGACUCUUAGCAAACCCAGCCAUGUUUGCUGGAUAUGAGGAAACCCCACUGAAAUGCAUCUGGGACUGGGUUGACAUUGCUCUUGAGCUAGGAACUCCUUAUAUGUGUUUCCAUCAACAUUUAAUGUACAUGAUGGAGAAGAUAACUUCAAGGCAGGAAAAAAGGAUCUUUAAUGCUCUGUCAAGUACAUCAGCAGUCUUAGAUUACCUUACAGACCAUUAUGGCAAUUGACUGGACUUCCUAAAUUAUUUUAAUAUAUAUUUAAUGCCUACAACGAAAUUGCACACAAGGUCACAUCCUGGUUUUUUACUUUAAUUCAGUGGCUCUCAAACUUUACUAUAAAAAUAAUCCUGGGACCAUUUUUUAAAAUUAGCCCUAGACACCAUCCUCAGAGAUUCUGAUUUAGUAGAUCCAGAGUGGGCUCAGAAAUCAGUUUUAAAGAAGACUCCAAGUGGCUCAAACAUCCUGGUCAUUCUUUUGUAGGUCCACACAUUGCAAAUACUGUUCUAAAUAUUGUCAUGGAUUUGGAGAAGGGGAAUGUGUAAUUUUUUUCCUAAAGGAAUCAUGUUUUUAAUAUUUUUAAAUAAAACUU